CGUGAAAAGUCCAAUCUUUCUGCUUUUGAAGAGCCAAAAAGAAGGGGAAGAACCCCAACCAUGGUUGCUGGGUUUCCUGAACAUUUACAAUCUGCAAAGAGUAAGAAUUGCUGAAUUCGAUACAGAAAGUUUGAGAAUUUCCGGGAAAAUGAGCUGCGGCGACGACGACCGUGAUCGGAGCAGGAAUAGGAAUGGACCGUGGACUCCGCCAGGCAGACCGUACGAGGCAAAAGCGGAAGACAUGAAGAUUUGGGGGAUUCUGGUGUUUGGUCUAAUUGGCGCCACCGCCACCACUCUCGCCGUUUCCCAGCUUCGUAGGACUGUUGAUUGGGUCUACGCUCAGUUGUUCAGAUCGCCAUCAACGGGGAGACGAAGUGGCAGUUCAUUCCGGACAUCUUUUCAGGAGGAAGCAUGGAAAAGAUAUAACCGUCGCAUGCAAGAGGAGUAUGAAGAAGAAAUGGAGAGGGUGGAACGUAUUAGGCGUAUGCAAAGCGUGUUCAAUAGAGAGAGGAGCAAAUACAAAAGAACCUAUGAGAGCUGGAGGGAAAACGGUCAGGGUGGGUAUCAUCAACAGUUCCAGCGAGAGGAUUGGUAUUGGAAGACUGAUACAUCCUUUAAAGACCGGAGGAGUAACUACAGGGAAACUCCCAGAGAGAAUGCCAACUAUUUGUUAUCACAUCACUACUCAGUUUUAGGCCUUGACAGGUUUAGAAAGGCACCUUACACGGACGCAGAGAUUAAGACAGCAUUUAGGACCAGGGCGAAGCAGUUUCACCCAGAUCAGAACCAAAACAAUAAGGAGGCUGCUGAAGCUAAGUUUAAAGAGGUAAUGACGUCGUAUGAGGCAAUAAAGAAAGAGAGGGGGAACACGAGUUUGUGAACCGGCUGAUAAAGCUGAUAUUUUGGAGAAGUUGAAGCACGCUAAGGUUGCGGUAAUCAACCGGGCACUUCCACAUUCCUCUGCACUACACUAGUAACGGCAAAACAUAAUCCCGAAUAGGUUAGUCUUCGCCUUUCGCCAUAGAUUUUUUUUUUCUUUUUUUGAAUAAACGAUAUUAUCUACAUUAAGAGGGAAGAGGUAGGCUUAGCCUCACAGUGAGCUAGAAAUAAUGUGGUCCAAAUUUGCCAUUGGCGAGAAUCGAACCUAAAACCUCUCACUUACAAGUGAAGAGGAAUACCACUAGAUCGUAGUACUAAGUGACGAUAGAAUUUGAAAGUUUGUUUUUUAAUGUUGUAUCAUGCGGAAAUAAAUGGCUUUUUUUUUUUUAAUACCGUCAUAAACAGAGGGCUAUGUAUUUGGCUUAACAAUUUUUCACAUUAUGUAAUGUAUAUAAUUCAGUUCUAUUUCA